UCUUCGGUCAUUGUUCUGUUAAAUUUUUGUUAGCCGGUCGUAAAAAUUGUUACGUUUAAUUUGUUAUUUGUUAAAUUUAAAUUAAAAAUUUCGAUCACAUACUGCCAUGAAACUUAAGACGGUGGAUUAUAAUGAUAGCUCCGACGAUGAGGGCGAGGAGGAGAUGCAGAAUGAUAAUCCUGCAUCCGAAGAAUCCGAUUUGGGCGAAGAAGAGGAGCAGUUGGAGGAGGAUGAGGGGGACAUGGAAGACGGUGAGGAGCAGCCGGAUGGAGAAGACCAAGAGUCCGAAUCUGAAAGGGAUCGCCAUCCUUAUCCUACUCCCCCGCCCGAUGAUGGGUCAAAAAUGGCGGCACUCAAGCCGAUGGUCGCAAAACCAAAGGCAUCGCUCAUUUCCCUGGCACUCAUGGCCAUCGAAAAGCUGGCGAGUCGAUCGGGAUCGUCGGUUAAGGCCAUCAUGUCCUAUCUUAAGGAAAAUGGUCACGAGUGGCCGGAUCCUAAGAAAACCGAGCGUCUUAUGUUCCGGGCUCUAAAAGUUGCCGAGGGCAAAGAGGAGGUGAUCAUGGUAAAACGAUCCUUCAAACUCUCCAAUAAGCUGAAGAGCUCCUCCAAGGCUGUGGAGAAAAUGAAGGCCAAAAAGCUGAAGGACAAGGAGAAGGAAAAGGAGAAGAAGGCCAAGGCCGAACAACUUCUGAAGGAGAAGGCCGAAAAGAAAAAGGCCAAGAAGAAGGCAAAGGCGAUGGAAAAGAAGGAGGCCAAAGAAAAGCCCAGUAAACCAACCGAGAGGAAAACGAAACAAGCUGGAAAAAAGAAGAAAGAGGACGGCGCCAAGGAUAAACCACCAGCAUCUAAGACAGCCGCAUCCGCUGCUGUACAGGCGAUGCUGGAAACUCCGAGGACCACGACUCCAGGAGCAAAAAUUAAGCCUGGCAAAUCUAAGGUCAAAUCUAAUGCCGAUGAGGAAGCAUCCGAGGCUGGAAAGGCGAAAAAACCGCGCAAGUCCAUUGGAACUCUGGCUCAGCCUAAGACUGCCAGGCCAAAAGUCAAGGCGGUCAAGAAACUGGUGGCUGGCAAGGCACUAGUACUUACACCGGAUCCUUCCUCGAGCGAUAUGACGAAGCCCCAGGCUAUGUCGACUCCUCAAGAACCCACGAAGGCUAAGCGAACGCGCAAAGCUUAACCACAAUUUAUUUCGUUUUCUUAAAAAUAUUUAAAUCAUUGUUAAUAAAUUUAAAAAUCAUUAUC